AUGGUGUUCAUGCUUAUUAGGGUUAGAAGAUGCAAACGAAGAUGAAGACAGAGAUAAGAGAUAAGGACGAAAUGAAUAAAACUUUGUUAAUCGAGAGAGUAGUAGAAAAGAUCAAGAACCUUAACAAACUAUCUUAUCUAAGUGUUACUAUGAUUGUAUUUUAAAAAAACUGAUGUACUAUAUUGUAAAUAUAGCUGAUUUUUCAUGUUAAUAUAAUGCAUGUAUGACACGUCUGUAGACGAGUAUAUAUCCAAAAAUCUGAUUUUUAUGUCUCCUUCAUCCAUAUUCACACUCUAUAAACACUAAAGCCACUAUCUUUCCCCCCAAAACCCUCACUUUCUUGCAUUUUCUUUCUCAUUUUAACUCAAUCCAAACACUUUUUGCAACUACCCACAAGCUCAAAUUUUCUGAUCAAAAAUGGCUACUUUACUAACUUCUUUGCAGACAACCCCUCUUCACUCCCUUUAUUCCUCUUCAUCGUCAUCUUCAAUGGCAACAACCCUUUUAUCUGGAUCAUCUGUAAAGCCCCAAAUAGCCCCUUUAACUUCAACUUUCUUGAACCCAUGUAAGUUUGUGAAAACCAUUUCAGAGAUUUUGCCCAGAAAGAAGUGUAGUAGUAUGUCUUGGGAUGGUCCACUUUCUUCGGUCAAGCUCAUCAUACAGGGCAAGAAUUUAGAGUUGACAGACACAGUUAAAACUCAUGUGGAAGAAAAGGUUGGAAAAGCAGUUGUAAAGCAUAGCCACCUAGUGAGGGAAGUUGAUGUUCGGUUGUCAAUUCGGGGCGGUGAGUUGGGAAAAGGACCAAGGAUUAGGAGAUGUGAGGUGACUUUGUUCUUGAAGAGACAUGGGGUAGUUCGGGCCGAGGAGGAGGCAGAGACAAUGUAUGCAAGCAUAGACAUUACUUCCUCUAUUAUACAGAGGAAGUUGAGGAAAAUCAAGGAGAAGGAAUCAGACCACGGCCGACACAUGAAGGGAUAUAACAGGUCGAAAGUUAGAGAUCCUUUGACUCCUCCAUUAGAGCAAUUCGAAGAACCAGCUCCCGAGGAAAAGGAGGAGGAAGAGGAAGAGGAAGGAAACAUUAUUGAGGAGAUCGUUCGAACAAAAUACUUCGAUAUGCCACCGUUGACUGUCACCGAAGCAAUUCAGCAACUUGAAAACUUAGAUCAUGACUUCUAUGGCUUCCGAAAUGAAGAAACUGGCGAAAUUAACAUAGUGUACAAAAGGAAAGCAGGCGGGUAUGGACUUAUUGUACCGAAAGAUGGAGCUUCGCGGUUAGAAACUAAGGUGGUGGUGGAACCAGCUAAGGAACACUCAUUGGCAGAAUAAAAAAUUGGAGUUUCCUUCUGUAUAGACUCGAAAUUCGCAUCAACUAAUUUGAAGGCAAGUGCUGCAUAAUACAAUGUGGAUUUCUCCCCAGAGAAUUUGAUACCAUUUCUAGCCAAAGUUCCAAUAUGCAUUGCAUGAACAAAGUUUUUUUUUCCAGAUGUUCUUGUAAAAUGAGAUACCCCAUGAUCUAAUUUUGUGUCUGAACACAAAGACAUCACAUGUAACAUGUUUUAGUCUGUAAUUUCUAUGUUAUAUAAAUGGUCAAAUUCAAAUUAUAUG